AUGCUGAAGAAGCCACAGAAGCUGAAGAAGCCACAGAAGCUGAAGAAGCCACAGAAGCUGAAGAAGCCACAGAAGCCACAGAAGCCACAGAAGCUACAGAAGCUAAAGAAGCUACAGAAGCUAAAGAAGCCACAGAAGCUGAAGAAGCCACAGAAGCCACAGAAGCCACAGAAGCUGAAGAAGUCACAGAAGCUAAAGAAGCCACAGAAGUCACAGAAGCUAAAGAAGCCACAGAAGCCACAGAAGCUGAAGAAGCCACAGAAGCUGAAGAAGCCACAGAAGCCACAGAAGCCACAGAAGCUGAAGAAGUCACAGAAGCUGAAGAAGCCACAGAAGCUGAAGAAGCCACAGAAGCCACAGAAGCUACAGAAGCUACAGAAGCCACAGAAGCUAAAGAAGCUACAGAAGCUACAGAAGCUACAGUACAGAAGCUACAGAAGCCACAGAAGCUGA